CACAUCCUGCAUCUCCUUCCCUUGUAUAUGAUGGAUCAAGGCUCUCUGCAUAUCUGGACCAGGAUGAACUCCAUGCUGAUCCUGCAGCUGAUUUUGCUGUGUCCUGCUGCUGUUGCUGGCUACAACAGGGACGCUGAGAGGGAACUCAUCCUGGCUAAAGUCAAGGCACAUUUCCUGGAUUUCCUUGGUCCUGUCCCCCAAAAUGAAAGGGUCCAAGGGGGACGAAGGGGGCUCCACAGACGGCAUGCCUUGGACACAACAGAGACCCGCAGCUUGGAGGAAGAACUCAUAUCCCAAGUGAUUGUCUUCCCAAUCCAAGGUGUACUCUGUGAGCGACUUCAGCCAGAUGGGCUUCCAGAGCAUGGGGGAGUUUUCACCUACAUUUUUCAAUCCUCAGUUCAUAUCCUGAGUCACGAGGUGACAUCAGUCCAGCUGUGGUUCUACACAGGCCCUGUGAUAGUUCAGAGCAGCCCCUUAGAAGCUGCCUCCAACAACUCCUCCCCAGAGGCAGAGAUACUGAUGCUCUCUGAAGAAGGCCAGGUUCCACUAGCUACCGUGGCAGUGCCAGCUCCUGAGGGCUGGACCGCCUUUCAUUUUAGAAGCUCCUUCUUCCAUUAUCUUUUCCAGAAUGUGUUUGUGCUCUUCAUUCGUUGCCUAGGCUGCCCCUGUGUGGCUGAUGCUGCAAAGAUACCUUUCCUUGUGGCAACCACCAAACCCAAGGCACAGGACCAGACCGAGAGCCCCUCAAGAAUCAUAGCUAAUCUCACAGCAAUGUUCCAGCACAAUGCUGUGGCCCAUCCCAGCUGCCACCGCACCUCCAUCAACAUCUCUUUUGAAGAACUAGGAUGGGACAAUUGGAUCGUGCAUCCUAGCAGCUUUACGUUUUAUUACUGUCAUGGAAACUGUUCUGGCACUCACACAUACAUUCCCAACUCCCAGAAUUGCUGUGCUGCCUUGCCAGGCACAAUGCAGUCCCUGAGGGUCCGUACCACCUCAGAUGGUGGCUACUCUUUCAAGUAUGAGACAGUGCCCAACAUCAUCACCCAGGACUGUGUCUGCAUGUAG